GCGCUGGCCCCAGCCGGGCUCCGGAGAGAGGAGGAGACUGAUUUGAAUAACCGAGCUGAGCUUCCAGCUCCGCUGCUCUUUGACUUCCUGCGCCGGAGCCGGGCUGAGGCGUUCGCUGGGGUCCCUGCUGCGAGCGCCGGCCGUGUGAACGCUCCGCUCCGCUCCGGGGUGCGGCGGGCAAAUCCCCCGCGGCCCCGGCUUUCCCGAGCCUGGGGCGCCGGACUAUGUCUCGGAUCCAAUCGCUGGCCAGGACCAGGACUGACCGUACAAAGGACAUCGCGUGGAAGAACAAAGAGAAAGAGAAGAUGAAAGAGGGCAAGGAGAAGGAUGCCCGCUACACCAACGGGCACCUCUUCACCACCAUCACCGUCUCGGGCAUGACCAUGUGCUUCGCCUGCAACAAGAGCAUCACGGCCAAGGAGGCGCUCAUCUGCCCCACCUGCAAUGUCACCAUUCACAACCGCUGCAAGGACACCCUGCCCAACUGCACCAAGGUCAAGCAGAAGCAACAGAAAGCCGCCCUGCUGAAGAACAACUCGGCGCUGCAGAGCGUGUCCCUGCGGAACAAGACGACCACAAGGGAGCGUCCCAACUCGGCCAUCUACCCCUCCGAGAGUUUCCGCCAGACCCUGCUGGGCUCCCGCCGGGGGCGGCCCACCCUGUCCCUCUCCAAAAGCGUCUCCACCACCAACAUUGCAGGGAACUUCAAUGACGAGUCGCCCCUGGGGCUCCGGCGCAUCCUAUCCCAGUCUACCGACUCCCUGAACAUACGCAACCGGACACUGUCGGUGGAGUCGCUGAUCGACGAAGGGGCCACGGUCAUCUACAACCAGCUGAUGAGCAACUUCGAGACGGACGAGAAGGACUUUGCGGCCGACUCCUGGAGCCUGGCGGUCGACAACAACUACCUGCAACAACACAAGAAGGAGGUGAUGAAGCGCCAGGACGUCAUCUACGAGCUGAUCCAGACCGAGAUGCAUCACGUCCGCACCCUGAAGAUCAUGAUCAACAUGUUCCGCAAGGGGAUGCUGGAGGACCUGCAGAUGGACCCGGCCCUGGUGCAGAGCAUGUUCCCCUGCGUGGACGAGCUGAGCGAGAUCCACGACCGCUUCCUCGUGCAGCUGCUGGAGCGGCGCAAGGAGUCGCUGGCCACCAACAGCAACAAGAACUUCGUCAUCCACCAUCUGGGGGACAUCUUGAUCCAGCAGUUCUCCGGCCCCAGCGCCGAGCAGAUGAAGAAGGCCUAUACGGAGUUUUGCAGCCGGCACAACAAGGCUGUGAAGCUCUACAAGGAGCUGUUUGCCCGGGACAAAAGGUUCCAGCAGUUCAUACGGAGGCUGACCCGCUCCUCGGUGCUGCGUCGGCAUGGGGUGCAGGAGUGCAUCCUGCUGGUCACCCAGAGGAUCACCAAGUACCCUGUCCUCAUCGACCGCAUCCUGCAGAACUCCAAAGGGAACGAGGCGGAUCAGCAGGACCUGGGCACGGCCCUGACGCUGGUCAAGGACCUGAUCUCGGCCAUCGACCAGGAGGUGCACGAGUCCGAGAAGAACGCGCGGCUGCAGGAGAUCUACGGGCGCGUGGACGGGCGGUCCAAGGCCCAGCUGGCCUGGGAGGGCCACAGCGGCUCCUUCUGCAAAGAGGAGCUAUGGCGUCGCAAGCUGGUGCACGACGGAUGCCUGCUGUGGAAGACGGCGGCCGGGCGCUUCAAAGAUGUCCUGGUGCUGCUGAUGACCGACGUCCUCAUCUUGCUCCAGGAGAAGGACCAGAAAUUCACCUUCCCCACCCUGGACAAGCCGGCAGUGAUCUCGCUGCAGAACCUGAUCGUCCGGGACAUCGCCAACCAGGAGAAGGGCAUGUUCCUGAUCAGCGCCACCCCGCCGGAGAUGUACGAGGUCCACGCCGCCUCCCGUGACGACCGCAACACCUGGAUGAAGAUCAUCCAGCAAACCGUCCGCCUGUGCCCCAGUCGCCAGGAUUUCCCCCUGAUCGAGACUGAGAGCGAGGCCUCCCUGCGCAAGCUGAAAGACCAGAUGGCGCAGCGGGACCGGGAGAUCACUGAGCUGCUGGAGGAGAAGGUGGGGCUGUUUGCGGAAAUGCUCAGCCUGCAGAGCGGAUGCGAGGACCCCCCAGCCUGCCCGACCCCCCGCAGCCUUUUCCGGGCCGAGUCAUUGGAUGGGCCCCGCGGAGAGAAGCUGCUCCAUGAAGCCAUCCGCGAAGUGGAGUGUUUGAAGGAUCUCUUCGUGGGAGCCGUGAGGGACCGAGACCAGAACCACCCUGCUGAUCCCGACGGCGGCUCCGGCUCCGACACCCCGAACAGCGAGACCAGCAGCCUCAACGGCUCCCUGGAGUUCUGCAGAGCUGACUCCGAACAGCGGGAUGGGAAUGGUAACCAGCUGCAGCAGAAGGUACCCCAUGAGGAAGUGAUUCACCGGCUCAUGGCACUCUACGCCCUCCUCCAUGGCCUGCAGGCUGCCGUGGUGCAGCAGGACACCGCCCUGGAGCUGCACCUCUACGACGGGGGCGGCCGGCAGGAGAAGCCGCCUCGCGCCAACUCCCGCAAGGGGGCGCCGGGGGAGGCGGCCAGGGCCCCGGAGAAGCAGGCCACGGAGCUGGCGCUGCUGCAGAGGCAGCAUACCCUGCUCCAGGAGGAGCUGAGCCGCUGCCACCAGCUGUGCCAGGAGAAGGCACAGGAGGCCGGGGCGCUGGAGGCACGGCUGCGGGAGAGCGAGCGGGAGCGGGCCCAGCUGGAGCGCGAGGCGGAGGAGGCCCGCACGCAGGUGGCCACGCUGCGGCCGGAAGGGGGCGCCACCGAGGCGGUGUGGGUCCGGAAGCGGGGGGAGCCUCGGCGGCGGAGCCUGCCCGCGGGGGACGCCCUGUAUCUCAGCUUCACCCCGCCCCAGCAGAGCCGAGGGAGCAACCACGGGAGCCUGCUGCCAAGUGACCAUCCCUUAGGCGACGGCCCCGCCCAGCUGCAGGAGGGCGACGAGGACUUAGAGGCGCUGUCUGAGGAUGAGGGCACGGCCAGCCAUCCGUCUCCGCCUCCCAGCCCUCGAGAUUUUUCGAGGAUGCAGGACAUUCCCGAGGAGGUGGAGAGCAGCCAGGAGAUCAAGGACGGGGAGGGCAGUUCCUUGGACAGCUAGAGAGGGGCACCGACCCCCCUACCCCUCCGCCCACCCAUUGCCAAGGGGUUGACGCUGCUGCCACAGACUUCCCUGGCCAAAAGAGGGAAGAGACCCUGGGAAAAACUGCACCAAAUACAAACCAAAUCGUGGAGGGGGAGCAGGACCAUGGCCCGGUUCCCGAGCUGCCCCAGGACAUUGGGCUCAUGGGAUGUUUUUUAACUCUUUGAUCCACAGCUCCUUUUUUAUUCCUUCCCCUGGGGAGGGGGUGGCCAGUUUGCCGCGGCUUCCCGAGCCAAUUAAUUUAUUUAUUUAGUUUGUCGGGGCGGGAGGGACUGGAAGGGUUUGGAUUAUUUGCCGUCCCUGGCUGGGAGCUGAUCAGAUCUUGGGAGGAAGCCACAGGUGUCUGAUAUCCAGGACAAACACUCAUUUCCCCUGGCUGGUUCGGUCAGAUGCCAGCUGGAUGAGUCCUCCCGUCUGGGUCCAUUCUCUGUGACGUUGCACGAAGCUCACACUAGAUGUGCCUGUGCGAAUACACGCACAAGCCAACACUAUAGGGGCCUCCUGGCAGGUUGAGGUGAAGGGUUUAACCCUUCUGCUGUGGUGCCCAGCAGCAAUGUCUGGAAGAUCCAGCAGUCAAGGAUGUCCCAGGCUCUGAACUGGUUAAUUAUGCAAGAUAUUGCUUACCCCAGUUGACUCGGAGUUGCCAUUGAGCCAGGAUAAGUGCGAGCCACUCUGGGGAAGAGCCACACUGUGUGUAACAUAAGGGAGGGAGCAAGGAACUGACCUCCUGCUGUAGCCUUGUCUGUUUUCAAUGCUCUCGAACAGCUGCCGGGCGGCAUCCCUUAAAGAUACAGCGAAUGGCCCUACAUAGCAUCUCUGGGCAUUUAUAAGCAGUGGUUCUACUGGCCCUUUAAAAGAAACGAUUAAACCUAAAAAAGGCUCAUAAAUGUGAUGUUUAAAGGGGCUGGGGAAGGAGUUGGAAAUGAGGGAGAUCUCAUCAGGGUUCAGCCCUUUCCCAGACUUUUUUGGAGUGUGGGAGCACUGUUCCCUGUCCUGGCACUUCCCUGCCCGCCCCCUGAAAAACAGAUGAACGUGAGCAUUCCCCAAAUCCCAAGGCCUCCCAGACGUUGCUGCCUGCCGACAUGUGAGUAUCCAGCAACUCCAGCAAAGGGAUCUGGGGUGUGUCAGAGGGCAGCAGAGAAGCAGGUGGCAGGUUUGUACCAAAGCUGGAGUUCUUUGUAAUUAAAUAGAAUUAAAAAAAGAAAAAAAAAAGAUGGGGAAAAAAACAGUUUGGGGCUCUGAUAUUUCCCAGAGGGAUGAUUGACUUUGGGGUGUUGCCAUUUUCCAGGGGUCCUCACUGGAGCCUUCCCUUAAAGGAGUCCGAUGUACGGGUAGCACAGACCAUCAGCCCGCUGAUAAAAUGCGGCCUCCUUAUUACAUUUAAUUUUGCGGGGGAAAGGCGGGGGACUCCAGAAUAGAUCCGCAGACCCAUUAGGAACCACCGCAACAUCUUGGCCUUUGUGUUUAAAAUAUUCGGCAGAUCUACUCCAGCCGGCUGGAUCUUAGGAGGAAAACCGGGAUUGGCGCAUGCUGAAAUAGUCCCAGAAGGUUUGGGUUUUUAAAAAGUCUGACCACAGAAAAUCUUCUUUUUUUAAGACACCUGCUGGCCAAUAAAGCCUAUUAAUAGAAACCUUUAGCCAGAGAUGUUGCCGCAAGGGAGGAAUUUUUUUUAAUUAACGCCAAAAAAACACGGAGUUUUAAUUGGUUUAUUGUUUCCUGUUGAUUUAACUGUAUUAAAAAAAUAAUUAAAAAAAUCAACCCUC